UGCCAUGAAAAACGAAUAAAGUACAAUCAAUUAUUUUAAUGUUAUAAAAAUGGCUGGAAUAAAUAUAUUAAUUGAAAAUAAAAAUGACUGCCAUGAUGGGAAAGAUAAGAGAGUGUGUAUGUUGUGUUUAAAGGAAAGGACUAAGUACACCUGCCCCCGUUGUAACACGCAAUACUGCUCCGUUGAAUGCUACAGAUCGGAGAAACACAUGACUUGUUCAGAGAAUUUCUACAAAGAAUGCUUUAUGGAAGGCUUGAAAGAAAGUGAUAUUGAACCAUCUGAUAAACAGAAAAUGGUUGAUAUGCUGAAAAGGACAGAGUGUGACCCUGACCUUAUUGACCUUGACCAGAGUGAUGAUGACCUUGAAGGGCGCUUGGCUGGCGUAGAUCUAGAUGGAGAAGCUGAUAAGAUAUGGAGCAGGCUUACAGACAAGGAGAAGAAGGAGUUCCAGUCAAUGAGCCUGGAUGGGCGCCUGGGCAUUCUGGUGGAGGUGUGGACGCCCUGGUGGGACAUGGGCCAGGCCUCGUUAGUGGCAGAUAUUGGCACACAGCCACAUCAUACACACCCUGAGAUCUGCACAAACAUACAAAAUAUAGAACAGCUUCUCAAGACUAAGCCAUCCAAAGACAUAAAAUACAAUAUCAUUCAUUUGCUGUACUGUUAUACAUUUGUGAGUAAACUUCAUAAUGGGGAUCACAUCCCUUUGGCAAUUGAGAGUUCUGGAGAUAUGCUCACAUUGUCUGAUGUACUGUCUCAUGGUUACAGUUGUGGAUCUGUUGAAGAGGCUGUACAGGUGUGCCUGAGGAAGCUGUACACUGGCAACGGUGGCUUUGAGACGACACCAGAGUCAAACCUGGCUCUCCUGCAGGAUGUCCAGACAAUCAUACAGCAUGGCUCUAUGGGCUCCAUCACUGGCCCCUUGGCAGCCCUCUCUGAGAUACAUACCAUGCUUAACGUGGCAUAUAAACAUCUGCAGAAAACAUUGAAGCUGGCCAAGGAAGAUGACGAAGACAUGAAAACAAAGAAGAAGACACUGUUUGGGUCUGUGAAGAAAUUAGAGUUUUUGUUGAGUUGGUGCCAAACCUACGGCCAUUCCUUGAGUUUACUUAUUCCAGAGUUACAGUUAGUACACAAGUUGUUAAUAAGUGAAUGUGAAGCAAUGAAAAAGUCUAGACAAUCCAUAGAAUCCAUAUGGGCAGGUCCAGUUGGAAUUAAAAAAAAGACAUUAAUAGAAGAAAUUUGAGUGCUUUUAUAUCAAGAUCAAUUACUUUAAAUUUAAUCAUGGAUAUUAAUGUCAAAUCUUAAAUAUUAAGUCAUGUCAAUACAAAUCUGUUCAGUUCUCUGUACAUUGUUUGCAAUAUUGUAGGAAAAUAUAAUAAACAUUUACAUACAGA